GAUCGCACGCCGGUCUUCGAAUACACUUUCGUAAUUUGUUCUUGAAGUUUCAUGUAAGAAAAAUGCCUUCAUGGUGGGACUACUUGCAUUUUAACCGACAGUACAAUAAUAAGAGAAACUUGGAGGAGGGUUUGUUUCAAAUCGCGUCGCAGACUUGCAAUAUACUUGUAAAGGUCAACAACACGAACAAUAUUAAUUUGACUAGGAACAACCGGAGCGACGAGUAUGGUUGCGCCGGACCCCCCAAAGGGAAAAGUUCCAUGCAGAUUUGCGUGCCGAAGUUCAGGAAGAACUCUAUUACUUCGGGCUGUAAUCCCGGACUAUCCACUGUGCUAGAAUCAGGGAGUGUGGGGAACGCGUCGUCAUCUGAUGAGGAGCUGGAACAGUGGGAGCAGAUCUUCAUGAUGAGGGAUGAAAACGGGAAUAGCUAUAAUGACAAAAGAAAGAAGCGGAGCAUAUGGUGUCGACCUUCAUGCAUACCAGUUUCGAUCGUGAUAGCUCUGAUAGUGCUGGUAGUGCUGGUACCACUGUUGGAUCAGCCCAACAUCGUGCAGGUGCUGCCCGCUACUGCUCACAUCAACUUGCAUUGCUCAGACGAGUGUAGGUUAUCAUUAGUGGAAAGUAUACCAGAGGGGCACAUGUAUCCUCCCAACUCAACUCACAGACGAACCAAGAAUGCUUGGUUAGAUCUGAUAGAUGAAGCUCAAUCUACAAUAGAGAUCGCCUCUUUCUAUUGGACGCUUAGGUUUAAUGAAUUUUAUCCAUAUAAUUCUUCUAUAGAGGGCGAGCAAGUCUUCCAGGCCUUACUUGCAGCCGGAACUAAGAGAAAGAUAAAUUUGAAAAUUGCUCAAAACUGGCCCACUAAGGCUAACCCUAAUAUAGAUACUGAAUAUUUAGUUAAGAAAAAAGCUGCCCAGGUGCGUAGUCUGAACUUCUCAAAGCUGUUGGGCGGUGGCGUAUUACACACGAAGUUCUGGGUGGUAGACCGCUCGCACUUCUACAUCGGCAGCGCGAACAUGGACUGGAGGUCGCUUACACAGGUCAAGGAGUUGGGAAUACUCGCCUACAAUUGUUCGUGUCUCGCUACGGACUUAGGAAAAAUAUUCGAUGUGUACUGGAGCCUUGGGGUGGCGGACGCAGUGCCCGCGACGUGGCCCCCCGAGCUCGGGACGGACAUCGACAUGGAUCACCCCGCCAACUUGUCCAGCUAUGGCGCCUACAUCACCAGCUCGCCGCCCCAACUUAGUACGGCGGGGCGCACGAACGAUGACGACGCUAUCGUGGGCAUCAUCGGCGCCGCAGAGGAGUUCGUCUACAUCGCCGUCAUGGACUACGGGCCCACGCUCGAGUUCUCGCCCAAGCUCAAAUUCUGGCCGAAGAUCGAUGACGCGAUCCGGCGCGCCGCGAUCGAGGCCCGUGUGCGCGUGCGCAUGUUGAUCAGCUGGUGGAAGCACUCGCGGCCCGCGGAGGACCACUUCCUGGCGUCGUUGGCCGCGCUAGCGGACUCCUACCCUCACCUCGAUAUACAAGUGAGGCGAUUCAUCGUCCCAUCAACCCCCGAACAGGACAAGAUACCGUACGCCAGGGUAAACCAUAACAAGUACAUGGUGACCGACCGUACCGCCUACAUCGGUACGUCCAACUGGUACGGUGACUAUUUCGUCGAUACCGCGGGAGUCGCGUUCGUGUACGAGCCCUACAUUACAAAUACAACGCGGGACAUAAGGCAAGAGCUACAAGACGUGUUUGAAAGAGAUUGGACCUCCCCUUACGCUGUUCCUUUGAGAAAGUUAUAGCGAAAGCCACUGAAUAUUUCGAUUUAAGACUUUUUGAGUGCUCUUUAUAAUAAUAAAUUUAAUAUUUACACUUGGAGUAUCAAAAAUGCUACAAUAGGCGUGUUUAAACGAAAGUAUUUGAAUUCAAGAUGUUACUCAAUGGUCAUUUACAAAACAAUAUUGUUUUUUUUAUUCCACUACAAGUUAGCCCUUGACUGCAAUCACACCUGGUGGUAAGUGAUGAUGCAGUCUUGAGACGGUAGCGGGAUAGCCUGUUAGGGAGUAUGGUACUCAUACUUCAAAUUGGUCACUACGCGACAUAGCAACGUAACACUAAAUCACUUAGCGGCACGUCUUUGUCAGUAGGGUGGUAACUAGCCACGGCCAAAGCCUCCCACCACACCAGGAAUUAUAAAUUCCUAAAAUACCCCUGCCGGGAAUCGA